AUGUCGACCUCCCUUUCUGAGGGCUACGAACAAACUCAACGAGGCGGCACAAAAGCAUGGGAGGAGACUUUCAUGAAAAUGCAUGUUGAUUCCUACAAGGAGGUAGAAGGCCGAGGCUUGACUACCAAAAUCGCCAAAAAUCUGCUAAAUAUGGAACGGAAUCGCUACGUGGAUGUACUACCAUUCGAUCAAUGCCGCGUUGUGCUUGGUUCAAGUACCGACGAAGAUGACUCUUACAUCAAUGCUUCUCCUGUUUCAAUAAAGCAAGCACACAGAAACUACAUUCUUGCUCAGGGGCCUCUUGAAAAUACCUGCAAUGAUUUUUGGCAAAUGGUUUGGGAACAGAACGUGCCAGCAGUUAUAAUGCUGAAUAAGGUUAUGGAGAGCGGUCGUCACAAGUGCGCUGUUUAUUUCCCAUCAAAGAAUGAACGUGAGGUGGAAUUCGACGACUUUACUGCAGAAUUGGAAAGCGAAGAGCAGCAUCACAAUUUUGUUGUGCGAUGGAUUUAUCUGAAAAGGAACGACGAAGGGGAUGCUUCCCGACGUAAGAUUUUGCACGUGCAGUAUACAGAAUGGCCAGAUUUUGGAGUGCCUGCUUCAACGAAAUGCUUUCUUAAUAUGCUUGCUUUCAUAAAAGAACAGAACGUGCUGAGUGUUAAAGACGACGAUCCUCCGUGCGUCGUGCAUUGUUCUGCGGGUAUUGGUCGAUCGGGGUCAUUCAUCAUUGUUGAUGGAGUAUUACGAAUGCUCGAGUUGGGCAUGGCUGAAUCUGAUAUAUCUCUGAACAAACUACUUGUAGAUCUCAGAUGUCAGCGUUUUGGGCUAAUUCAAACACCGCAACAGCUCAUGUUCAGCUGGCACGCAAUAGUGGACGCUAUUGAGCAGAAGACCGAUUCUCCGGUGUCUACUUCUGAGUCCACAUUGAAUGGAACAGAUUCGGAGUCAAUCUCGCUCAUAGAAAGAAAGAACAAACGGAAAACCGAAGAAAAGGUUGACAACACAUUGGACGAUCGCCUGGCUAAACGACGUGAGAUGGUGGCACGUAUGGUGGCUCGUAGUCGUGAGUCGGAAGCUGCUAGGCGAGGCCUUGUUGGAAAUGUCGCAAACCAUAUGGGCAUCAGUACUGGAGCAGUAUACGCUGGUGGUGCUUUGAUUCUAGCAGUUGUGAUCGGCUACUACGCUUAUAGACGAUGA